UGCAGAAGUUACUCAUUUGUAAAUAUGAUUUAUGUCCCUCUGUAUUGUAUUUAUACAUCUGUAUUUUCAAAGCAUUACUAUUUUUUUUAUCAUGCUUUGAAAAGUAGGUUUAGGGCAGGUACAGUCACAUGACCAGCAUUAUAAAUUGGCUAUAUCUAGCCUUUGUUUCAGAACAAAACCUGGGUUAGUAAGGCUAAGCUAUUUCAUCUUGUUCAGCAUCAUUCAUCUGCACAGUCAAUAUGCAACAAGGAAGGAUGAGCUUCAUUUUCUUGUUGGUGCUUCUUUGUCAAAGUGGCGUCCAAGCCGUGGACCUCACCACCUGUGAAGGAGACACUACUCGACUCACAUGUGGUUUAACAUCACAGGUAAUCGCCUGUGAAUCAGACACCGCCAAUCUCCAUUGUGACCAGGGACGCAUUCAAGUGAUUUCAGCCAAUUAUGGACGUACAAACAGUGCAACCUGCUCCAGUGGAAAACCAGCCAACCAGAUCUCAAAUGUUCAAUGCAACCAGGCUUCAUCCCUAAGCGUGCUGGCCAGUCGAUGUGAUGGACAAACUAAUUGUUCCAUUUCUGCGAGUAACACAGUUUUCGGUGAUCCAUGUGUAGGAACUUACAAAUAUCUGGACGUGUCCUACAUCUGUAUACCAUCAGGUGCAAUAAUACAGAAACAGACUUCUUGUGAGGGAAGCACAUUCAGUAUCAACUGUAACAAACAGUUUAUUAAAGUGCUUUCAGCAAAUUAUGGGCGAACAAAUAGAGCAACCUGCUCUACUAGAAAGCCAGCUGCUCAGAUCUCAAAUGUUAAAUGCAUUCAGAGUUCAUCCCUAGGUGUGCUGGCCACUAAGUGUGAUGGAGCACACGCUUGUUCAGUUUCUGUGAGUAGCACAGUUUUUGGUGAACCCUGUGGAGGAACUUACAAAUAUUUGAACGUGUCCUAUAUUUGUCAGCCAAACAAUCACUUUAUAAAUGUGUCUACAGCCAAUUAUGGACGGACAAACAAUGAAACCUGCUCUACUGGACGACCAGCUGACCAAAUCUCAAAUGAUCAGUGCUCUCAGAAUUCAACCCUAAGUGUGCUGACCGCUCAAUGUGAUGGAAAACAGGAUUGUUCCAUUCCUGCAACCAACACAGUUUUCGGUGAUCCCUGUGUAGGAACCUACAAAUACCUGGAUGUGUCCUACACCUGUGGCCCAACUGACCUAUUUCACCUUAUUCAGCAUCAUUGCACAGUCAACAUGCAACAAGGAAGGCUGAGCUUCAUUUUCUUGUUGGUGCUACUUUGUCAGUGUGGUGUCCAAGCCGUGGACCUCACCACCUGUGAAGGAGACACCGCUCGACUCACCUGUGGUUUAACAUCAGAUGUAAUCGCCUGUGAAUCAGACACUGCCAGUCUCCAAUGUGACCAGGGACACAUUGUAGUGCUUUCAGCCGAUUAUGGACGUACAAACAGUGCAACCUGCUCCAGUGGAAAACCAGCCAACCAGAUCUCAAAUAUUCAGUGCACGCAAGAUUCAUCCCUAAGUGUGCUGACCAGUCGAUGUGAUGGAAAACAGAAUUGUUCCAUUUCUGCGAGUAACUCAGUUUUUGGUGAUCCAUGUGUAGGAACUUACAAAUAUCUGGACGUGUCCUACAUCUGUAAACCACCAAGUGCUGUAGUACAGACACAGAUUUCUUGUGAGGGAAGCACAUUCAGUAUCAACUGUAACAAUCAGUUUAUCAAAGUGCUUUCAGCCAAUUAUGGACGUACAGACAGCAAAACCUGCUCUACUGGACGACCAGCUAACCAGAUCUCAAAUGUUAAAUGCACUCAGAUUUCAUCCCUAAGUGUGCUGGCCACUAAAUGUAAUGGAAAACAGGCUUGUUCCAUUUCUACGAGUAACACAGUUUUUGGUGAUCCCUGUGUAGGAACCUACAAAUACUUGAAUGUGUCCUACAUUUGUCAGCCAAAUCACUUUAUAAAAGUGUCUGCAGCCAAUUAUGGGCGAACAAACCGUGUAACCUGCUCUACUGGACGACCAGCUGACCAAAUCUCAAAUGUUCAAUGCUCUCAGAGUUCAACCCUAAGUGUGCUGACCGCUCAAUGUGAUGGAAAACCGGAUUGUUCCAUUCCUGCAAAUAGCACAGUUUUUGGUAAUCCCUGUGUAGGAACCUACAAAUACCUGGAUUUGUCCUACACCUGUGGCCCAGCCUCUUUGACCUAAAAGUGUAAACAUCGACACAUCGGAAAUCAUCUCUUUCUGUGACCUUCUGUAGAGUGAAGUGGAAAUUCAUCUGGUUCAUUUAUUCAUCUGCUUUCUUUUGGAGAUUUAAUAAUUAGAUUUAAUAUUGAGUGAUUUCUAGACUGAGCAAGUUUCAAACUUUGUGUAA